AUGUGCGUGGAAUGUCCGCCGGGUCAGGCACAGAAUAUAUACAUCAAAAGACUCGCAUCAAUUACCAUGGAAAUCAUGCAGAAGUAUGUGAAAGAUGAUGGAGUGGUGGGAGUAGAUGACGUGAAACGUUGGCCUGUCGACUCGGAUUCGUUUGGGUUCCUUCUUGCCCUCUCGACGACAAAGUCCAUGGAAUCCUUGAAAGAGCAACCACUUUUUCGCAAAAAAAGUCGAUCAGCAGGAGAGUUGGUGCUUCUUGCUCGGUCUGUUUUAGUCUCUGCAAGGAUGUUCUAUUCCUACGAGAAAUAG